AUGUGUACAGAAUGUAUUACUGAACAUUAUGGUCAUAAGUUUUUUAAAUAUGAACAUUCAGUUUCUUUAUAAAUGAAUAGAGUAAGUAGCAUCUAAUCAAAAUUAAAGACUCAAUAUGAGAGUUUGGAGAAAUAGAUGAAAACUUUUGAUAAUUGCAAAGAAUAAUUAGAAUAAGAUAACUUAAAACUUGUAUCUAUAUAAAAUAAGAAUUAGAUCUAAUAAAUUGACGAUUAAUUUGAUAGAAUAAUUGCAAAGUGUGAAAAAAGGAGAAAAGAAUUGAAGGAUAACUUAUUAAAAAUAUUUGACUCUGAAAACGAGCAAAUUGAGUCAGAAGUAGCAUUUAAUUAGUCAUUGCUAUAUAAUAUGGCUCAAAUACAGUAGAAAUUAGAUGAAAAGUAUUAUGAAUUAAAGACUACAAAAGCUUUUAAAGGAAAUGAUUUUAUUAAAGAGAUUAAUGAUUUAGAUGAAUUGGCAGACAAAGACAUUGUUUAGUUUAGAAAGUUAAGAGGUGGUGAAUAUAAAAUACUGCCCAAAUUAAAUUUUGAAUAAAAACUUAUUGGUGAUAUUUCUAAAUAUGGACAAUUUAAGAAGGAAGUUUGCAAUCCUUAGAUUUGCUACUUUGGAGAAAAGCAUAAAAUUUUGAUUUACAACAUUGAAAAAAAUGAUUGGUAAUAUAGAUAAAUUUCCAAUAAUACAUUUGAUUACAAUUAUUAUGCUGCAGCAGCUAGUUUACCCAAUGGAGACAUCAUAAUAACAGGAGGAGGAGUCAGUAGAAAUGCUAUGUUAAUUUCGCCAUCUUAGGGAUUUUAAUAGUAGGCUUUGAAGAGUAUGUACUAUCCCAGGAAAGAACAUGCUUGUGUUUAUCUGGAUGGAUUUGUUUACGCAAUAGGAGGUUAUGAUGGCACUACAAAGCAGAUGUUAUCUUGUUGCGAACAGUAUAGUUUGGCUGCAGAUGAAUGGAAGAUGAUUGAUCCACUCUAAAAGUAGAAGUGUGCAUUUGCUGCUGCUACUGCCUUGAAUAAAUAUAUUUAUGUGUUUGGAGGAUUCGACGGAAGAGAGCGAUAAAAUACUAUAGAGAGAUAUUCUGUCAAAGAUAAUCAAUGGAAGGUCUUGGAAGUCAAAUUCAAGUAAGGAUUCAGUAAUGCAGCAGCACUCUCUUAUGAUGAUAAUUAAAUUCUCAUUCUAGGAGGAGGUUCUAACUAAGGAUUCACAAAUAGUUUGCAGGUCUUUGAUACAAAUAAUCAAACAAUUAAGGUUAUUAGUAUGAUGACAGAAGGGAGAGAUUUGAGAAACAAACUUAUCACUUAUAAUAAUGAUUUGUAUGCAUGUGGAGGCAAUAGCAAUUCCAUUGAAAAAUUUUCAAUUUCUCAAUAAGUUUGGACUAAUCUUAAAAGCUAUGAUUACUUAGUUUAGGAUAAUUUAGAUUCCUGGUGCAGUGCUUUUACUUUUGAUUCUAAUAAUUCAAAUAAUGUUUCGAAUUUGAUGAAGAACUGUAAAUAAAUAGAUAUAUAAUAAAACUAGAAGCAUCAAUAUUAGGAUUAAGUUAUGUUUGAAAAUGAUUCAUUCAAUCAGGAUGCCUUGAGCGAAGUAUCAGAUGAUUAAUUUUAUAAUAUUUCAAAUCAAGUUUAGUAGAAUGAUUGGUUUUGA